AUGGAGGAGCGGGCCUCGCCGCUGCCGCCGCCUCCACAAGAUUCUAAUUCUAUACCUCAAUUACCUGACAUUGGCCAUGGCACCUAUGUUGUCCAAGUCCCUAAGGACCAAAUCUACCGCAUUCCACCACCCGAAAAUGCUCGUAUUGCCGAGCUUCAUCGAAAACCUCACACCAAGAAGACAAACCGGACAUGUUGUUGGUGUAUUGUAUUCAUCGUGGUCUUCCUCGCUAUUGUCAUAUUGGUUGGAGGUUUUUUAAGUGGUCUUUUUCCCAUUGUACUUACACCAAAGGAUCCAAAGUUUUCAAUCCAACACUUUCUUUUACAAAGCAAACCACGCUCACAAUACAAAAUCACUAUACAAGCCCAAAAUCCAAAUACAAACGUGGACAUUUUAUAUAAAGGAGGAGAGGUUUCCCUCUCGUUAAAAAGGCAAAAAAUUGCUUCCGGUGAUUAUCCAACAUUCUCUCAAGCCAAUCAAAAUUCAACAAAUUUUGAAGUAACUUUAAAAAGCUCAACAACAAAAUUGCCUAAGGAAGUGGAAGAAAGCAAGAAAAAUGUUAAAACGAAAGUGCGUGUUACAUUUUCUUUAUCGAUUAAUGUCCAAACCCAAAUGAAAAUGAGUUUGCUUCAAAGCGGGUCAAGGACAUACGACGUUAAUUGUCAAGUAAGCGUAGAUUCAUUGGCCAAAACUACAAAGGUAGUUUCUCAACAAUGUGAAACUAAAUAG